UCACUCACUCCCCCACAUACAUACCCACAUUUACACAUCAUGGCUGCCGGCGCUCCCCCUGUUGGACAGGAAAACAUCAACACCGACAUUGUCACCCUCACCCGAUGGCUCACUGAAGAGCAGGCCAAGGUACCCGAGGCCACCGGUGACUUCACGUGAGUUCUGCCCCCUUCCCCCCUCUUCCCCUCCAGGCACGUGCGCGCGCGCAAAACCUCCAGCAACCUUGGGAACCCAAACACUAAACACGCAAAACUCGUAACAGACUUCUCUGCCACGCCUUGCAAUUCGCCUUCAAGUCGAUUGCUUACUACAUCCGUCGCGCCUCGCUGAUCAACUUGACGGGACUGGCGGGAUCGUCCAACACGACGGGCGACGAUCAGAAGAAGCUUGACGUCAUCGGCAAUGACAUCUUCAUCGCGGCGAUGAAGGGGUCGGGCAAGUGCCGGCUCCUGGUGUCCGAGGAGGAGGAGGAGACGAUCAUCUUCGAUGAGCACCCGGACGCGCGCUACGCGGUGGUGUGCGACCCGAUCGAUGGCUCCUCCAACCUGGACGCAGGCGUCUCGGUGGGCACCAUCUUCGGCAUCUUCCGCCUGCCCGACGAGGUGCUGGGCGCCGGCAAGCAGGUGACGGCCAAGGACCUGCUGCGCGCCGGCACGGAGAUGGUCGCCUCCGGAUUCACCAUGUACGGCGCCUCAGCCCAGCUGGUCAUCACCAUGCGCAACGGCACCGUCAACGGCUUCACCAUGGAGAACUCCCUGGGCGAGUUCAUCCUCACCCACCCAGACAUGCAGCUGCCCGCCAAGCGCGCCAUCUACUCGGUCAACGAGGGCAACAGCAUGUACUGGGACGACUGGACCAACGCCUACUUCCACUCCCUCAAGUUCCCCGGCGAGGGCCAGAAGCCCUACAGCGCCCGCUACAUCGGCUCCAUGGUCGCCGACGCCUACCGCACCCUCCUCUACGGCGGCGUCUUCGCCUACCCCGCCGACAAGAAGAGCCCCAAGGGCAAGCUCCGCAUCCUCUACGAAUGCGCCCCCAUGGCCAUGCUCUUCGAGAACGCCGGCGGCCUUGCCGUCAACUCCCGCAUGGAGCGUCUCCUCGAGGUCGUCCCCGAGCACAUCCACGACCGUAGCGGUGUCUUCCUCGGCUCCAAGGACGAGGUCCAGAAGAUCAUCGACACCUACAACCAGCACAAGAAAUGAAUUACCGUUCAAAAACAAACAAAAAAAAGGAAUAAGUAAAUACCCCCAAACUGCAAUUGAAUGGGUACGGUGCUCCGGGGCUGGCCAGGGAGUUCUCUUCAGCAUGUCACGAGUUACGUUGUAAUUAACGAUACGCUCUAUUAAAACAAUCUAAAUUCAAGAA